AUGACACAGAACAGCCCAGGAACACACAAGUCUUAUGCUGUUCCUACAAAAACACACCGACAAUUGCAUAAAUCCCGGCCCCCUGUCGCCUGGGAGGGCGUACGGGACGCCCUGGAGGAGGCGCCGCUGUGCCUGCAGCCGGACAAGGGCUCCGAGGACUGCCUCUACCUCAACGUCUUCGUGCCGGAGGAGGCGGCGGCGGCUGCCAACGCCUCUGGGGAGCUGUUGCCCGUGCUCGCCUGGAUACCAGGAGGCGCCUACCAACAUGGAGGGGCUUCGCUGGCUGGUUUCGGCCCAGACUUCUUCCUCGAUCGCGGCAUCGUUGUCGUUACCAUGAACUACCGACUUUCCGCUCUGGGAUUUCUAAGUCUGGAAGACGAGGUGGUUCCCGGUAAUGCGGGUCUCAAAGAUCAGGUGAUGGCUCUGGAGUGGGUGCAGAAGAACAUCGCAGCCUUUGGAGGUGAUCCCAGCAAGGUGACCAUCGGCGGUGAAAGUGCAGGAGGCUGCUCCACUUCACACCACCUGCUAUCCUCCAGGUCUGCAGGCCUGUUCCGCGGCGUGAUAAGCCAGAACGGGCAGGCGGUGGCCCCCUGGGGCAUCGCACCCAGACCCCGCGAGAUGGCGCUGCGGCUGGCGGCGCUGCUCGGCGCACCUACGCAGGACUCUGAGCAGCUGGUCGCCUUCCUCAGACAGCAGGACGCCCAGCUCUUCAUCAACCGCGACGACGAGCUCCUCACCGACGAGGAAAAGUUUAAGAUAAACCACCUGCCAUUCAGUCCUGUCAUCGAGCCCGAAGUGGAGGACGCCAUCGUGACGGAGCAUCCGAUCAAAGUACUAAAGGAAGGCCGCUUCAACAGGGUUCCCGUGCUCACUGGAGGCACCUCUGGAGAGGGCGUGGGGUUCGUUGUGGAUGGUGGAUACCUGAACGACACCGAGAAGCUACAGACUUUCAACGACAACUUCGAACUGGCCGUUGCGCCUUUGGUGCAUCUCCAAACUGAAGACGAACGCAUCAACGCCACGUGGAAGUUGCACGACUUCUACUUCGGCCAAGGAGACAUCACAUUCGACGAUGCCCAGAGCUUCGUCAAUCUGGUGACGGACCUCUCGUUCUCAGAGCCGACAGACUCGCUGGUGCGGUACGUGUCGCAGCUCUCGGACCAGCCCGUCUACUACUACGAGUUCGAUUACCGCGGCGAGGUGCUCGGUAACACCACCUAUGGCACUCCUCAUGCGGGGGAAAUAGGGUUCCUGUUCCUCGUCGAACACAUUCCGGUGGCGUGGGAUCCCACAACUGUCGAAGGGGCUCUGAGGCAAAGGCUGGUUGACAGCUGGAGCAAUUUCGUGAAGCAUGGGAAUCCCAAUUCUGGCAACGACAGUGUGUUGUGGGAGCCAUUCACCAUGUCGUCGCCAAACUUCUUACACAUUACGACGGAGUACAGUUUGGAGCAGAACAAGGACAAGGAGCGGAUGGACUUCUGGCAUGAGAACAUCCCCAUGUGA